GCGAGCGAGCUGGAGGCCUGGGCCGGGGCUGGCGUUUGAACACCGUCCCACAGCCCAAACUCAGCAGCGCCUGUCGGGCCGCGGAGCCGGAGGAGCAGAAGUCCGAGCCCUCUCCUUUGGCAGCCGCGGAUCCCAGGGCGUUUCGUGUUCCGUUAUUGCUAAGCCUCCUCUUUUAACGAGCUGAAGCGUGGGGUGUUCUGGGGAUGGAGGAGUGAAAGCAGGAAGCAGUUCUCACAGUUGCCUGUCAAAGUAACUUUACCAGUCUUAGUAUUGAAAGAUUAGAAGGUAACAUCCAGUUGCAGAUUAUGGCUCAUCAGUGUUCAAACGAAGAAUUAGAUAAGCAGUUUGAAGAGUUUCUGAAAGAGUCUCUUUCAGACGAUUCACCUGGAAAUUCAGAAAAGAAGUCCAGCAUUCUUGAGACAUUGGGGCUGCCCAGGAAAAAAGAAACAAAGCAAAAGGAUGCAGUGCCGUGGUGGCUAUGUGAGGAAGAUUUGGAUGAUGGUGAUUUCCAAACAAGAUUUGUUAAACUGAGAGAUAAGAAGGAAAGGAUGGAGAUCCAUGACGAAGUAGUGGAGAAUAGUGAACAAAAGAUUCCUCGUUCAGAUUUCCAGUCUGAAAUCCUUGAAGCCAGCGAAAGCGCUGUCAAGAAGGCUUUGCAGCUUACAGGGGAGACUGAUGAAAACAUGCAUCCAGAAGAGAUGCAGCUUCGGAAGAGUCAUGGAGUCGCUUUCUCAUUAAGUAGAGACAGCCUGGAAACAAAUGAUUCCUUUGUGGCUUCUGUUCCUAAUCAAAGUAAUACAGGAGUUGGAUUGGAUACCUUGGAAGAACAAGAGGAAAAAGAGAUCUUUUUUGCUAAACUUGAACAAGAAGCUUCCUCACCUAUUGAUUAUUCAAGAUUAAAUAAAGAGCUGAAUUCCAGCGAUUCUGUAAUAAAUGAAAAAAGUGAAAAAGAAGUGGAAUCCACACCUGAAGAGAAAUGUGGCAGCUACAGUGAAGAUUUUGAAGAAGAAACAGCUGCUGAUCCUGCCUUUAAAACUGAAGAAAGUCAGGAACCAAACGCUGGCAUGCUGGCUAAAGUUGUACUACUUGAUUCACAAGAUUCAACUACAGAACUUCAGAAAGCUGCUGAAACAUCAGGUGUAGCUCUAAGUGAAAAUGAUCUGCCUCAAGAAGUUAGUGGAAUUGAAAUGAAUGAAGCAGGCACUUUGCAUGGAGAAACUUCCAGUGACACUGAAGCCUUACACCGUGCGUAUCAUCACGUUAAUCAGUCUUUGGGAGACACUGAUGAGCAAAAAAUACAUGAUUCUUCCAUGGCCGUUUCAAAAUGCUUGCCACAAGUUACUUCACAAAAUCAUGAUCUCUAUUCAAAAAACACAUCAACUACUGAGUCAGAUUUGCCUACUGUGGAAGACUUUAUGAGACCUAUUAAAGGAGAUCCCUAUAAUGCCAGAUGUUUUGAUUUGGAACCUGAAAGUCCUGUGAAGGUGAUAGGCAGCAUGGUAAAUGAACUUGUCAAUCACUUACCCUAUAAAGAGCACCAAAAUAAUUCGGUUUGGGAGACAAGCUUACUUGAAAAAUUUAACAGAGAAGACAGCAUCUUUCUACAGACAGCUGCAAAUGAAGAUAGCUUUCAGAGAAUGACUGAGAAAGAAAUUCAGACCAGUGAAGUACAACCUGAUGUGCUAAGUGAAGAGGUAAUACAAGACUGUCUGCUUUCACAAGGCAGCAAAGCUGAACAGGUUCUGCAGUCUUGUUGCUCGAAGAACGAAAAAUCAGAAUCAACAACAACUAAACAAAUGUACAAGAAUAUCAGAAGUACAACACCUUUACAUAAAAAGAAGUCUUCAUAUAGUCCUCACGGGGUGGUUAGAAGUUCUGGAUUUGGGAAAUCCACUUCAUACUCAAAACAGUCCAUGCCAGCUACUGAAAGGAAAAUACCAAAAGAAACUUUGAAAAAAAACAUUAUGAAAUCUAGAAGUCCUGCAGAUAGAGCAAGAUCUAAAGAAGCCUUAUUUACUACAAGGACAAUAAGAUCUGCAACAAAUGAACUUAAAGAGGAUAUUAACAGAGCUGUGUCUGACCAAUCAGUUCAUAAUCUUGGACACCAAGUUGUGGAUUCUUGCAGACAUCAUCAUCAUGAUUUACCAGUUUCUCCUGUCAAAAGUUGUGAGAGGGAACUACGUUUGCUAAGACGAGCACAAAUUGCUGAGGAGGACCUGAAUAGUGCACGUGAUUUGAUUCAACAGCUAACCAGCACAGUUUCAGAAAAGGAGAAAGAAAUGGAGACAAAGAUGGUAGAACUGAAAACACACUAUGAAAAAGAGCUGUCUCAGCUGGGUCAAGAAAACUAUGUUCUUCAGAGCAAGUUGAGAAGUGUGGAAGAGCUGUCUAAGGAGAAGAGAUGGAUCCAUCAUACAGCAACAGUUCCUGUCUCUGAAGAAAAACUGUCACAAAUACGAAAAGAAAUGGAAGAUCAGGAGGUCAUUAUUCAAGGUUAUCAACAGGAAAAUGAGAGAUUAUACAAACAGAUGAAAGAGCUGCAAAUCCAAAACAAAAAAAAUGAGGAACAAAUGUAUAAGGAGAAUCAGUGUUUAAUGUCUGAGUUAAUAACCCUAAGAGAAAAGAUAGAAAGGACUACUAUCCAGUCACAGAUUGUGCAGGAAUCUGAACUAACCAGAAAUCAAAGUUUCACAGAGUUGAUUUCAGAGCUUCGAGCAGCACGGAAAGAAGAAACUAAAUUACGAGAAGAGGUAAAACAACUUAAACAAGAUAAACAAGCUCUUGAGUUAGACCUGGGGCAAGCAAAGAAAGAGAGAGAUCUAGCAAAAGUCCAGAUUACAUCCACAUCAAGUGAGAAGUCUUAUGAAUUUAAAGUUAUGGAAGAAUCAUACAAGCAGGAAAUUCUUCAUCUAAAAAGGCGGCUUCAUUGGUAUGCAGAAAAUCAAGAUCUUCUAGAUAAAGAUGCAGCCCGUCUUAAAGAUGCAAGAGAAGAAAUUGAAAAACUGAAACAAGAGGUCGAGAAGCUCAGAGCUGAAGCUGGAGAUCGUCAGUGUGUGCAACAGAAGAAGCGUUUGAGAGACAGAGCGGCAGAUGCUAGAAGAAUUCAGGACCUUGAACGACAAAUCAAAGAAAUGGAAGGCAUUCUAAGAAGGCGCUAUCCAAAUUCGUUGCCUGCUUUGAUUUAUGCUGCUGCUACUGCUGAGAAAACUGAUGAACUUUCAGCUAAAACAAACACAAUUGAUUUUUUGGAAAGAAGAAUAAAAAAAUUAGAAACAGAACUUGAGGGUAAAGAUGAUGAAGCUAAAACAAGUCUCCGUGCCAUGGAACAGCAGUUUCAAAAGAUUAAGAUGCAGUAUGAGCAAAGACUUGUAGAGCUUGAGCAACUACUUGCUUACAAGUGGAAGAGUGGAUCACCAAAACUGAACAGUGAUAAAGCCAAUUCUGUUGAACUUGAACUGCAGCUUCAGAAUCUGAAGAAGACCCAUCAGAUUACUGUUGAAAACCUCCAGACAGAAAUUGAAAACCUCAAGAGUCAAAAUUCCCAACUAAAACUCAGAAGUAAGAAGGACAAUAAAGACUUACAGUCAACAGAUUGGCAAACGAAACAAGGUAACACAAAAGAGAAACUGCUGAAACUAAACCAAGAGCUGAUCACAAAAAAUAGAGAAAUACAAGACCUUACAAAAACUGUAGAGAAACUUCAAAAAGAAAGGAUGGCAAUGUUGUCCGAUAAUAAUUUAAGAAAUAAAACUGAUAAUAAGGAAAACUGCCAAGAGAUCUUGAAAAAGAAUAUCGCAGCAACAGAGAACAGGAAUUCCAUCAACAGCGAACCCUCUAUAGGCAUUUUUAACAAUGACAAAAUAUACCAGCCACACACCUUUUCUGAUUCUAAUGUCUUGGAAGUUCUGCAAGAAAACGCACGGUUGAAGGAGGAGCUAGAAAAAUUGUCUCUAGAAAUGAACCAGCAGAGGGUGAAGUCUCAGGCAACACUGGCUUAUUCUGAAAAUAAUUUAAGAAGGAUACAGGAAGACACAUCAGAAUAUGUUGCAGCUCUGAAAGCUUCCCAUCAAAGAGAAGUAGAGAAGAUUCUUUCUCAGUACACAAAAGAGCAUUCUGCUUCCAAAGUAGCUGAACUAAAUGGCAGAAUUUCAACACAAGAGAUUUUAAUAAAACAUCUGCAAGAACAAAUCAGCGAACACCAGAGACAUCAGGAAGCCCUCCUAGUUUCACAAAUGCGAGAGGAGUUCCUGCAAAAAGAGGUUGCGAAAUUGUUGGAAGAAUUGAGAGAGGCCAAGGAAAGCCAGAGCCCUGAAAUGAAACAUUUCUUGUGCCUGGAAAAGAAGAUCAAGCAUAUUGAGACCCGGCAUGCAGUAAGAGAACAAGAACUUCUAAAGGCAGCGCAGCUAACACAGCACAUCACUGAGGGAAGGCAAAGCCGUGAAGCUGAGAGGUGGCGUAAGCUGGCACAGCGGAAGAAUGAAGAGCUGGAGAGAUUUCGAGUGGAAUUGGAUUCCAUAUUGGAUGUUUUACGGGAACUGCAGAAACAGGGGGUUGUUAUUCCAGCGCCUAAUUGCAGUGGACUCGUUAACAGAUAACUGUUGGAAGACGUGAUUCGAUAUGAGUGGUUUCACAGGAGCAGGAGUUGAAUGUUUCAGUUUAUGGACAGGAAACGUUCUUGAAAACCAUCAAUGAAGUCCUUAUAAAUUGAAUUACAUUCUGAUCUGAAAUCUUACUUGUCCAAAAGUAGAGCAUUAAGCUACACCCCAGCUAAAUGUCUUAUUUUGUUAGCGAUAUAAUUCACACUUUCUUACAUUUUAGGAACAUUGAGGUUAUUCUGUAAACUCAGUUACCAUUCCAGGUGAUGCAGUUGCCAGAAAAAUUCCAAGUGGUGUUUUUCAGAUCCUGUAGAACACGCCUGAACAUUUUUAACUGCCAUUUAUGGUUUGUGUUACAUCAGGUCCUGAUUGAACAGCUUCAGUAAUACGUUUGGUUGUAUUUUUAGUGUAUGCUGUUAUCAAUACUGUUCAUGCAGGAGGGAUGAGAUCCUCUUUGUUCUGUUUGUUGGUGGGUAAGAUUUUGAA